AUGAUGCGUGGAGCACUGUUUGUCAGAUCGUGGCAUGAGCGGCUCUGGAGAGGUCAAGGCCAUCAUGGUGAUACAGACGACCCCUUUGGAACCAGCUCAAGUUUUUUCGAUGAUUUUUCCAGGGACCACAUCAUGGAGCAGUGUGCAUAUCAACCGGACGUGGACGUCAUGUAUGGGAUGACGCGUGGAAGCAAAGCAAGCGUUACACCGGACUUGGCCGUCACGCGCGUGCAGACAGUCUCAGUGGCAUCGUACGUUGUACCGGACGUGGCCGAUAUGGACGUAUCGCGAUUUUUAUCUGGUUGGGACGACUUUUACUCCCGGCCUUUCUGGAACGCGACGACGAACGAACAAGCGGCCUGGAGUGAGACGACAUGCGACCAACCGGACUGGAACGCGAUGACGCAACCACGUGUGCGUGCGGCCUUACGCAAGACGAUGGCCCUUGCAGCAAGGUUGAGGUGGGGUGUAGGAUUAUGGUGGUUAGUGGUUCUGGUUCUAUGUGUUACACCGGCUCUUGCCGUAGAUCCGGAUGCACCAGCAAAGACAGACAUGCCACACCCCAUAUCCCCGCCGAUGUACCCUAACAAAUCCGGUGGGACUUUGGGUAUCAGGUUGCUAGCCCCCGGAUUAGGACCCAAGACCUUGAUUGUAAUCCUAGCCGUUGCUGCAACAAGUGCCGCUGUAUGCGGUAUGGUGCCUGGUUUCAACGCUGGGCAAGCGGCCCGGCUCCCUCCAGCAUGGGGACCAGAGAUGCAGCAAACAUAUCCCUUCCGCCGUUGGAUGCAGGAUGUUCUGCUGUGGUCGGUAGCUUCCGAUCUUGAUGGCAGUCGUAAGGCGGCCCUCUUGAUUAUGCAAUUGAAAGGCGGUGCUCAGGAGCUAGCUCGAGCUUAUCCACCUCAGACAUUGAUUCAGGGCGGUCUGAUUAAUGGAGUUCAAGCUGAUCCCCUGACCUAUGUCAUUCAUGGUUUAGCUGAGAGGUUUGCGGCUUUGGGUGAGGAACUUAGGCUUGGGUCAAUCACGGAGCUGCUAUCAUUCUCUAGAAACCAUCACCAACACGAACGCAUCGAUGAAAUCCUGGUGCGGUUUGACGUGGCCCGACAACGGGCACAUGAUGAAGGACAGCUGACGGUGUCCAUCACUGGCCUAACCUGGCUACUGUUGCGAGCGGUUGGAGUAAGUGAUGCUCAGUUGCUUCAGAUUCUGACGCCUCUCGGCGGCAACUUUCCGCAGACAGAGCAGGAGCUGCAAGUGCUCAAACAGCCGCAGACACACGCUUUUCAUGCAAACCAGUCGGAUUUCAACCCAGAUGCCGGCCAUGAUCAGGGGUGGGCCGUGCCCGACAGUGGGUGGGGCGGCACAUCAUCUGUGCCAACACAUGCUGCUUGGGAUGCUGCAGAUUCCGAUAAUUGGACAGACACCGAAACAGCUAGCUCUGUAGACGACCUGGAACCCGUAACAUCCACUCCCGAAGGCAGCUCCGAUCCCGCGGCCAUCAGCGAGCAUUUGUGGUGGGCCUACAACAAGGCCAAGCUGCAAUGGGGAAAGGACGAAGAACCAAUCCUCGUGGUAAAGAUGGUGCUGUUAUGA